AUGGCCUCCUCCCCUGACCACAACCACACCUUGAACGGCAAUUCCAACACCCACGCCUCCAAAAAGCCCAAACUCUCCUUCAUCACCCCCUCCGAAUUCUCCCACCACGACCCCACCGUCGCUCGAAUCAACAACGGCAGCUUCGGGUCCUGCCCCGACUCCGUCCUCCAGGCCCAGCGCCGCUGGCAGCUCAAGUACCUCUCCCAGCCCGAUCACUUCUACUUCAACCACCUCCAAGCCGGCAUCCUCCACUCCCGCACCCUCAUCAAGGACCUCAUCAACGCCGACCACGUCGACGAGGUCUCCAUCAUCGACAACGCCACCACCGCCGUCGCCAUCGUCCUCCAGCAAGCCGCCUGGGGCUUCUCCGAGAGCAAGUUCAAGCAGGGCGACGCCGUCAUCAUGCUCCACUACGCCUACGGCGCCGUCAAGAAGUCGAUUGAGGCCUACAUCACUCGCGCCGGCGGGCACGUCAUUGAGGUACCCUUGCCAUUUCCUUUGAAUUCCAACGAUGAGAUUGUAACCGAGUUUAAGAAGGCUUUGGAGAAGGGGAAGGCUAAUGGUAGGAGGGUUAGGUUAGCUGUGAUUGAUCAUAUUACUUCAAUGCCGUGUGUGGUUAUACCUGUUAAGGAGUUGGUUAAGAUUUGUAGGGAGGAGGGAGUUGAUCAGGUUUUAGUCGAUGCGGCACACAGCAUUGGGUGCACUAAGGUUGAUAUGAAGGAGAUUGGGGCUGAUUAUUAUACUAGUAAUUUGCACAAGUGGUUCUUUUGCCCGCCGUCGAUUGCGUUUUUGUAUUGUAGGAAGUCGCCCAAGGGUGUGGAAUUGCACCACCCGGUGGUUUCCCAUGAGUAUGGGAAUGGAUUGGCUAUUGAAAGUGCUUGGAUUGGGACUAGGGAUUACAGCCCUCAGUUGGUUGUAAGUGUCAUUUCUAUAUUGUAA